AUGACUCUCUUUUCCAAGACAGUGGCAGAGCGGACCCGACCGGGACAGCGUCUGGAUGUGGAAGAGCAUGAUCUCGUUUCGCAUGCCUUUGGAAGCAGCGAGGGCAUCUGCGGCAUAGUGGACGAAUUCCUCUCUAAGCAUCCCCGGUCUAUCUGGACUACUGGCGAGCCUACCUUGGCCUUUCCAGAAUUGAAGGAUUACCUUUCCAAGUAUCAGGAUCCGCAGCAACCCGACAGCAUCUUGAAGAUCCAAAAGGAGUUGGACGAGACCAAGAUCAUCCUUCACAAGACGAUUGAAAGCGUACUGCAACGCGGGGAGAAGAUCGACGAUCUUGUCGCCAAAAGUGGCGGCUUGAGUGCCCAGAGCAAGAUGUUCUACCAACAAGCAAAGAAACAGAACUCGUGUUGUGUGCUCAUGUAG